AUGCCUACAGUUAGUGUUGGAAGGGACCUUCUUUUCGAAGCCCUAGGAUGCACUUACACACAAAACGAGUUCGAAGAAUUAUGCUUCGACUUUGGAAUUGAGCUCGAUGAUGUGACAACUGAGAAAGAAAUUAUAAGAAAGGAGAAACACCUAAAAGAAGAUCAAGACACUGGUGGCGAUGAAGAAAUAAUCUACAAAAUUGAUGUCCCUGCCAAUAGGUGUUAG